UUCAAAGACUUCGCAAUCCGCAAUGCGGACUGUUUUUCUUUGAGCUCUGACUCUCCUUGAUACAUGAUAUUACGACCAUCUGAUCCGUCUUCCUUCAGGGAUCUGUCAUCAUGGUUCUUUCAGAAGAACAUUGUCAUGUCCUCGUCAUUGGCUCCGGCAGCGCAGGUUUCUCCGCUGCACUGUCUGCCAGGCAAAACGGUGCCAAGAAUGUCACUCUAAUUGACAAAUGCCCCGAAGGAUGGGCCGGUGGAAACAGUUACUUCACGGCGGGCGCCUUCCGAACCGUUCACGGCGGCCUGAACGACUUGCUGCCCAUCGUUAACAACGUAGAUGAAGACACUUCGAAAAUCAUUGAUUUGAAACCUUAUACAAAUGAAGACUUCAGCGGCGAUCUUCAGCGGGUCACGGCUGGACGAAGCGAUAAAGAGCUGGGGAAGAUAUUGGUGGAAGAAAGUUAUGAGACUAUUAAGUGGCUCGCAGAGCAAGGUAUCAGAUUUCAGCUCUCGUUUAACCGACAGGCGUAUAAUGUUGACGGGCGAUUCAAGUUUUGGGGUGGGCUGCAUCUGAAGACGCAGGAUGGUGGGAAGGGGUUGAUUGAGAGUUAUUUGUCUGCUGCCCAAAGACAUGGGGUUUGCAUUUCGUUUUCUACCGCCGCGAAACAAUUACUCACAGACCCUAUGACUGGUGCUGUAACAGGUGUGCUGGCUGAAAAGGAAGGAAAGCAGAAGAUCAUCAAGAGCCGUGCAGUGAUCUUAGCUGCGGGAGGAUUUGAGGCAAAUCCACGUAUGCGCAGCCAAUAUCUAGGUCCGGGGUGGGAUCUCGCUCUCGUAAGAGGGACACCGUUCAAUACCGGCGAUCUUCUCGAAAUCGCUAUGCGAGAUGUAGGAGCCAAACAAGCGGGGAAUUGGUCAGGAUGUCAUUCCGUGGCUUGGGACGCGAAUGCUCCUCCGAAUUCUGGAGAUAGAGAGAUAUCGAAUGAGUUUACGAAGUCGGGGUAUCCGCUUGGACUUAUGGUCAAUACUCAAGGAGAAAGAUUUGUGGACGAGGGUGUCGAUUUGCGUAAUUACACGUAUGCGAAGUUUGGGAAGGCGAUAUUGCAGCAACCAGAUGGGACUGUGUUUCAGGUCUGGGAUGCAAAAAUGACACCUUUACUGAGAUCGGAAGAAUAUCGAGACGAGGUUGUCAAGAAGAUUACGGCGAACAGUAUCCGAGAACUCGCAGCAAAAUGCACUGAAGCCGGACUUCUUUCGCCAGGGAAGUUCAUCGAGACUAUAGAGAAAUACAACGAGGCAGUGCGCCAGCACCGGAAAGAGUAUCCGGACAUGAAGUGGGAUCCAUCAAUCAAGGACGGUCUAUCGACACAAACAAAGAAGAUCGAACUUGCUCUGCCCAAGUCCAACUGGGCACUUCCACUUGAUAAAGCUCCUUUUCUAGCAAUCAAGGUCGCUUGCGGGAUCACCUUCACGUUCGGCGGCCUAGCUGUACAUCCUCAGACCACGGGUGUGAUUAGUGGGAUGACAAAUCGAGAAAUUCCGGGGCUGUUUUGUGUUGGAGAAAUGAUGGGAGGCCUAUUCUAUGGAAACUAUCCCGGCGGUAGCGGUCUGACGAGUGGAGCAGUGUUUGGAAGAAGAGCUGGUAGGGCUGCUGCGCAUUUAGGCCUGCGUAGUUCGCAUGCCAAUCAUGAGUCCGCGCGAUCAAAGUUGUAGGAGCAAGAACAAGCAUGUACUGUGCAUUAGGUAGAGGAGCCUGGCUAAUGGGCAGGUGCCACAAGGAUGCUCCGCACACAAGCCUAUCACGAAGUAGUUCAAGCCGGCCAAGGUGAGGGAGGAAUUGAAGAACAUCCAGGGCAAGUGGCAGCUCAAAAAGAC